GAGAAAUUUUUAAAACAGCCCAUUUUUCAAUUUUAUUGUGCAAAAUCGACCGUCUCAGAAAUUAAUUAGCAAAAACAACCGAAAAGGGUCGAUUUUGCAAUUACGGAACUGCACGGGACUAGUAGUCCCGUGCAGUCCGCCUACCCCACUAACUCCGCUUUCUUUUCGUUCGUUUCGUUCCUUCUUUCCUUCUGCGAUCUCGUGACCACUCUCCCCCGAAGAAAAAAAAAACCUGCUGGCCUCGUCGACCCCCGCCGCCGAUCACCGCCAUUUUCCGUCGCCGCCGAUCACCGCCAUUUUCCGUCGCCGCCGACCCCGACGCUCUCGUGACUGAGCCUUCAACCCCCCCAAACCCUAGCCUUCAACUUCGACUUCGACCCCCUGCCAUUUGCAGUCGCCGCCUAACCCUAGCCCUCCGACCUCGUCGCGCAUCCGACACCAUCGACGCCCACCGAACCCCCAUUCUCAGGUGUGUUUUUCUUUUUAAUUUUGCUGUUAAUUUGGGAGUUAGGGUUUAGUUUAGCAAUUAUUUACAUAUGAGAGGGUUUAACAAUUAUUUUUGAGAGGGAUAUUCAUCAAAUUUGCUGUUAAUUUUGCUGUUAAUUUUGCUAGAAUUGGGUAGGAUUAGUUUUUAUUUUGUGCAAUAGGAUGAAUAAUGUGGUUUGGGGGUUAGGGUUUAGCAAUUAUUUACAAAUGAUGAAUAAUAAUUAAGGGUGUAGCCAUUAUUUGAGAUUGAUUAAGGUAAUAAAUUUGAUGUUGAUUUAUUCAGAUAUUAAUAGAUUAUUUGCAUAUGAUGGACUGUGUAUUUUCAGUUUCGAUGACGAACUCCAUAUCCAUUAUUUGUUUCUUUAAUGGGAGCCUCGGCGUCGGAGUGAAUAAUUUGCCGGUGUAUGAUGGAGGUUCUCGGAAAAUGUUCAUGCUAUCUAAGUCGUGUAAUUUUGAUGGAAUGACUAGGGAAAUACACAGAGUUACUAAAAUUAAGAAAGAAGAAUAUACAAUUAAGGUGUUCUUCAACUGUCCUAUAAAUGAGAGUAGAACUAUUGCCGUGGAGAUUACCGAAGAUGAGGAAUUGAAUGACAUGAAACAAUUAGUCGAGAAGCAAGCGUCAAUUGAGUUGUUUAUUGAGAAGUAUCCGAUUCAGGAAUUUGCCCAAGUUUCACGACCUCAAGGAGAGUUUUCUCGGAUGCUUGACUUAGACAACGAGUCGAUUGGUUUUAUGACAUCUCCAAGUCAAGAGCCAUGGUCUCAACCACAACGUUUAAGUGAGUAUUCUAUCGGUGGGACGUCAACUAAUAUAUUUAACGACGCUUCAGUUCAUGUUACGGGUUACCCACCAGUCGGAGCAAUUAUAGAAGAUGAAGCAGAUGAUGAUUCAGAUCAUUUUGAAGAAGAUGGCGUGCAAAUUGAUAGCAUGCAUGUGGCAGCUGGAAUAGAUGAUGACGCCCGUUGGAUGGAGCAAUUUAACGUUAACAAUGAUUAUGUGGAAGCUGAAGAUCCGUUGCCCGACGAGUUUCAUAAUGAGGAUUGGAUAAAUACUUCUCAAGCUGGAUUUGUUGAUGUUGGGCCAAAUUUACAACGACCUGAGGACUUCACUUUUAAAAAAGGGGAUCUAUUCGAGAACAAGGAGGCACUGAUUUUUGCAAUCCGAGAAUGGUCCAUCAAGAAUCGGGUCAAAUUAAAGCCGGUAAAAACUAAUGCAACAAACUACAAUGUGAAAUGCUUCUUUAACGAUAAGAAUGAAGUAGAGAAUGCAAAUGAGCAAGAUGAGAGAAAUAAAAAAUGUCCUUGGUUGCUAAAUGCCGCUGUGAGAAAAUCAUCAAAUGGGCAAUUUGUAAUAUGUAGAUAUUGCGGACUUCAUACAUGUUGCAACCCGUCGGUGGAUGUCGAUGAUUAUUCUGCAUCUUCUUCUUAUAUAUGUAAGCUAAUUAUGCCUGAAGUUAGAGCUGAACUUGAUCUGAAUGCAAGUCAGAUAUUUCAGAGGGUAUAUGACAUGCGGGGGAUUAAGAUAUCUAAAUAUAAGGCAUAUGAUGCAAGGAGAAAAGCGUUGUCUAAAAUUUUUGGAGAUUGGGAAAAAUCAUAUGAAUUACUUCCACAGUAUCUUGAAGCUAUCAAACGAAAUAAUCCGGGUACUGAAUACGAAAUAUUAUCCGAAGAGAUUGCACCGGGUAUGGAGAGGUUCACUCGCGUGUUUUGGGCAUUUGGUCCUGCUAUUAAGGGCUUCACUUUUUGUCGUCCGCUAUUGAGCAUUGAUGGUACACAUUUAUAUGGAAAGUACAAAGGCGUGCUUCUUGUAGCGACCGGUGUAGAUGCAAAUGGCGGGUUAUUUCCUCUAGCAUUUGCAGUCGUGGAGGUGGAGGAUACGUCUAGUUGGAAGUGGUUUUUUGAACUUAUAUACAAGUGGAUUCCAAGUGUCCGUGCGCCAAGAAUAAUUACCUUUAUUUCGGAUAGGAUGAAAGGAAUUAUAAGGGCGUUACAUGAGGGUUUUAGUGCACCACAUCACCAUCGAUAUUGUUUAAGGCAUAUAAGAGAUAAUUUCAAGAAAAAACACGGUGAGAUUAAUUUGCAAAAUCUUUUGUGGCAAGCCGGGUGUGCGACCGACACAUUAGUGUAUGAACAUUGCAGGGAGAAAAUCAAGUCUUUGUCAUUAGAUGCACAUAAUUGGAUUGAAAAUAACUUGAAGCCUCAAUUCGAGCAUCGGUGGGCAUUAUGUAAGGAUGAGGGUGUGCGGUUUUGCAUGAUGACGACUAAUUGCUCCGAGAGCUUUAACGGCGUUCUUAAAGGAGCACGAGCUAUGCCAAUACAAUCUUUGGUUGCGAGAACAUUCUAUAGACUAAACGCAUACUUCAACAAAAGGCGUGGUGAUGGCAUAGACUGGACAACACGUUACACACCAAAAAAUGAGUCCAUUUUGCAUAGAAGAAUUGAGGCAGCAAGAUCAUGUCAAAUUACUGUAUUCAACGACAACGAAUGGCAGGUACAAGAUUGUGACGGUAUCUACACCGUUAAACUAUUUGAUGUUGAUUGCACUUGCACAUGUAACAUACCACAACUCCAAAAAAUACCCUGUGCACAUGUGCUUGCGGCUUCUUCUAAUCAGCCGGGAGGUGCUAGAAUUCCCAGAAAUCGGUAUUGCUCGCCUUGGUAUUCAACAGCUCACUAUCAAAAGACAUAUAGUGAGAGUUUUCAUCCACCUGAUGAUAGUCGGUAUUGGCCUGAAUAUAAUGGACCACAUAUAGUUCCACCUCAGUACCGGAGACAAGCAGGUCGACCACGAUCUGUGCGAAUUAGGGGAACCAUGGAUCAAGGGCGAGAAGGAGUGGUCAAGCACAAAAAAUGUAGUCUUUGCAAACAACCGGGACAUACUCGACCUCGUUGUCCAUCUAGACACAAUAGAUAGCAACUAAUUGGUAAUUUAUAUCAUUUUUUUAUUUUUAUAUACUUUAAUAAAGAAACUGAAUUACUAUAUGAUUGAUUAUUAACAUGUGUAUAAUUAUAUGUGCAGGUUUGUACACCAUGGAUCCUGGGCCGGUUAGUGAUGAGGUCUUAUAUGACCAGGCUCAGCAUCGUUCACAUAUUAUAUCCUGUACAGAGAGAGGUCCGAGUAUCGUUAUGGUUGAUC